AUGGCCUACUCAGUAGCUCUUCCAGCAUUCGGGUCUCUGCGAAGCUCGCAGCUGGCAAGCGAGCCAGGCGGUCCCGUGCCAAAGUCAGUGCCCUACGGAUACGGUGCGAGGUGCCCUGCGUCUACUGAGUACUACGAGUCAGCGUAUCGUAGAGAUGCAGCAGGAGAGCAUGGGCAUGGUUACUGUGCCGCCCAAGAGGAGAUGGUGCCACCCCCCGUUCGCCGCGGACAUUCAGAUGAUCCUGAAGUCGUCUGGAAUAGGCAAACAACUCCAGAUCAGUCAUCCGCAACGCCUGGACUGCGCGGCUUGCCAAUUCGAGAGGCGGACGUUCCAACUGGCGGUCCGGUUGGUGCAUGUUUGGCUCAGAGGAAGGAGUUCACGGUGAUCGUUUCGAACCUGAAGAAUGCACCAGCUGCUCCUACCGGCACCCAGUUUCUCUGUGGGGCGGAAUUUGUGAGUCAGGUUCCAAAGGAUCUUCCGGCAGUGGAAAUUCAGGAAGCAUUCAGCUGUAUGGGGACCGUACUACGCACUGAUAUCAUGCUUAACAGCAAGGGAGAGCACACAGGCCGGGUGUGCAUUGCAUUUGCUUCUGCUGAAGCAGCGGCGGCAGCAGUGGCACAAUUUGACAAGGGCGAUCUUAACGGAAACACAAUUAGGGUCUUUGCGGAAUGA